CUCAAAUGGAAAACUAUGUCUCUGCACAGGAAAGAUACAUGAAGUAUUUGGAAGAUUUGUCAGAAAAUGUUAUUCAUCCUAAAAUUGCAACUGAGGAGAAGGAAUUCAAAAAGUUGCAAAAACAGUGCGAGGAGUAUGCAAAACUCAAGUUCACAUGUCAACGGCUUCUGAAUGAGGCUCCAAAAACAACAGAAGGAAAGACCGAACUGGGACAGAGAGUUUUUAUGAAUAUUGAAGUGAGAGACACGAAGCAUGUGGUUGUUAAGCUGUGUGACGAUGUUUAUGUGGAGAUGAAGCUUCAAGACGCUAUCAAAACAUGUGAUCGGAAGAUGGACAGCUUAAAAAAUAUGAUGGAAAAACUGCAAAAGUCAACCAAUAAACUGAAAACCGACUUGACAAUGCUUCUUGCCACGAUGGAUAUGCCAUAUGUGGAACCAUUCAGAUUCACACUUCCUUCAGACUUCCCGUUUCGAAUGGAAUAAUAUUUGAAUUUGUUCAAUUUGUUUUUUUUUCCUAUUUUUCCCAGGUCUCAUCCACAUUUCCCUACGAUUUCUUUAAAUAAAUAACUUGUUUGUUUC